AUGGAUAAGGCAUGGAAGGAAGGGAGGAGAAAAGAUACGCCGACGGCUUCAUCUCGUCGAAAAGAGGCAAGAUCAGGUUUCACGGGGUCCGAAGGUUGCAGUAGCAGAUAUCGACGGCCGACGGUGGCUGGAUCUAUGGGAUGGUUGGAGGCUGUCAGGGCUGCCGGCGGACGACUGGCAUGUGCUGGUGGCUGGGCCAACGGGGCCGCUCUUUUGUUUACGCUGCGAAGUACUCUCUAUUACCGGGGCAACCCCGCGUUGCCGCCCUGGCAGAAUCAGCCGCGCGCUAAAAUAGCCGGGGCCCACGCGGAGCAUUGCAUGCACUAG